AUGGCCGCCGAAGUCGAAGGUGCGAGACCAAAUGGCAAGCCAGGCAAGAAGGAGAAGGAGCCGAAAGAUCAAAAGGCAGCGAACAAGUCAAAACCAGAAAAGCAAAAACAAGCACAACAGCCAAAAGCGAAGAAAGGCGGCGAACCAGAACUCAUCGGCAUCACGUGCAAGAAGAGCGAAGACCUGUCAGAAUGGUACCAACAGACUAUUGUCAAAGGCGACUUCCUCGAAUUCUCCGACGUGCCAGGAUGCUACAUCUACCAGCCAGGCUCAUACAGGAUCUGGGAGUUCAUCCAGGACUUCUUCAAUGCGCGGAUUCGGAAAAUGGGCGUGAAAAACUGCUACUUCCCACUCUUUAUCUCGGAGGCGAACCUGCAGCGUGAAAAAGACCACAUCGAGGGCUUCGCGGCGGAGGUAGCGUGGGUGACGGAGGGAGGCAAGAGUAAGCUGGACAAGAGGCUGGCGGUGCGUCCGACGAGUGAGACGGCCAUGUACAGCUUCUACAGCAAGAAGAUCAGGAGUCAUAGGGAUUUGCCACUCAAGAUGAACCAGUGGAACAAUGUCGUGCGGUGGGAGUUCAAGCACCCAAUGCCUUUUAUUCGGUCAAGAGAGUUCUUGUGGCAGGAGGGUCACACAGCACAUCUUACCGAGAAGGAGGCUGGUGUGGAGGUCAGGCAGAUUCUUGACCACUACGCUGCCAUCUACGAGGAACUACUGGCUGUUCCGGUAGUCAAGGGUGUCAAAACCGUCAACGAGCAAUUUCCGGGAGCACACUACACCACGACAGUCGAAGGCUACAUCCCAGCCGUUGGUCGAGGCAUCCAAGCAGCGACAUCGCACUGUCUCGGCCAGCACUUUGCAAAAAUGUUUGAUAUUACAGUCGAGGACCCGAACCAGCAGGUUAAGGAAGGCGAGAAGAGGGAUAGGAUUAAAGUGUGGCAGAACAGCUGGGGUUUCACCACCCGAUCUAUCGGCAUCAUGAUUUUGAUUCACGGCGACGAUAAGGGUCUGAUUGUUCCGCCGCGCGUAGCAGAGAUACAAGUCGUCAUCAUUCCUGUCGGCGUGAACGCAAAGACUACGGACGCCGAUCGCGAGAAGCUCUACGAUGAGGUCAAGAGCAUCAGCGAUAAGCUCGAAGGCGCGGAUGUAAGGGUCGAGUGCGACUUUCGCGAAGGCUACUCUCCGGGCUACAAGUUCAACGAUUGGGAGAUGAAGGGCGUACCGCUGCAAAUCGAAUUCGGACCGAAAGACCGCGCAAAUGGCGUUGUGACGACUUCUCGUCGCGACCAGGAAGGUAAGAGUACCAUCCCGCUCACCGACCUCGCAGCAGAGGUCCCGAAACUUCUCGAGCAGAUCCAAGCGGAUAUGUUCAAGAAGGCCAGCGACGAAUAUGCAUCCCACCGCAAGAUCAUCCGGGAAUGGAAGGACUUCGUGCCGGCUCUGAACGACAAGAACGUGGUACUUGUCCAGCAUUGCGCUUCUGGAGACUGCGAGGACGAGAUCAAGAAGGAUUCUUCCGGUCAGGUUGAGGGGCAGGAAGUCGAUGUCAGAGCUCCAUCGAUGGGUGCCAAGUCAUUGUGUAUUCCGGACGAGCAGCCGGAGGAGGUCAAGGCUGGCACGCACUGCAUCAAUCCGAAGUGUGAGAAGGAGGCGAAGAUGUGGGUCAUGUUCGGGAGGAGUUACUAG